CGCUCGGGCCAACGCGCCCGCCUCUCCCUCCUCCCGGUGCCGUGGCCGCUCCAGCCUCUGCACUCGCCUCAUCUGGGGAGCCUUCUCCCAAGCCCCUAAAGUUUCUGGGUUCGUUGGAAUUUUUGGAUUCUGAUUUUUUUCUUCUUCUUAUGCACCUAGGAAUUUUGAAGAAAUACUUUUGAUAAAUUGACCUCACUUUCCGCUAGCUCUCGGGUCCCCUUCUUUUUGCCCCCCUCGCCUUGAGCAGGGAAGAGGCUUCCGAGAGACUCCUGGUGGAUAAAGUUUUCCAAAGUUUUUCCGAGUGUGAUGGUUGCGGGGAGAGCAAGCUCACCACUUUGACUCGGCUCCAUCUCACCUCCCCAGAGCAGCCCUAAGCCCGCAUAAAGGGACAAACAAACAAACAAACAAAGUUACACCUCGAGUUGCCUCGUGUCUCCUCUAUUCUUCCAGGCAGUCUUUUUCCUCCCUCUCCUCGAUCAUCUCGCAGCCUCCAACCUUCCCUCAGCCCCAUCUCCUAGGUUUCGCCAGGGGUGCCAGGACCCCGGCCGCAGCCUCCCCUCCCCCGUCACUCUGGUCCAGCCCUCCCCUCCCCCGUCGCGGCCAGCACAGCCAAUCCCCCCCCAGCGGCCGCCAACAUGCUCUUUGAGGGCUUGGAGCUAGUGUCGGCGCUGGCCACCCUCGCCGCGUGCCUGGUGUCCGUGACGCUGCUGCUGGCGGUGUCGCAGCAGCUGUGGCAGCUGCGCUGGGCUGCUACCCGCGACAAGAGCUGCAAGCUGCCCAUCCCCAAGGGCUCCAUGGGAUUCCCGCUCAUCGGAGAGACCGGCCACUGGUUGCUACAGGGUUCUGGCUUCCAGUCGUCGCGCCGGGAGAAGUAUGGCAACGUUUUCAAGACACACUUGCUGGGACGGCCGCUGAUCCGAGUGACCGGUGCGGAGAAUGUGCGCAAGAUCCUACUGGGCGAACACCAGCUAGUGAGCACCGAGUGGCCGCGGAGCGCACGCGUACUGUUGGGCCCCAACACGGUGGCCAAUUCCAUUGGCGACAUCCACCGCAAUAAGCGCAAGGUCUUCUCAAAGAUCUUCAGCCAUGAGGCGCUAGAGAGCUACCUGCCCAAGAUCCAACUGGUGAUCCAGGACACACUUCGAGCCUGGAGCAGCCAGCCCGAGGCCAUCAAUGUGUACCAGGAGGCCCAGCGGCUUACCUUCCGGAUGGCUGUGCGUGUGCUGCUAGGCUUCAGCAUCCCUGAGGAGGACCUGGGCCAUCUCUUUGAAGUGUACCAGCAGUUUGUGGAGAAUGUCUUCUCUCUGCCUGUGGACCUGCCCUUCAGUGGCUACCGGAGGGGCAUUCAAGCUCGGCAAAUCCUUCAGAAGGCCCUGGAGAAGGCUAUCCGUGAGAAGCUGCAGUGCACCCAGGGCAAAGACUACUCGGAUGCCCUGGACAUUCUCAUUGAGAGCAGCAAGGAACACGGCAAGGAGAUGACCAUGCAGGAGCUGAAGGAUGGUACCCUGGAGCUGAUCUUUGCAGCCUAUGCCACCACGGCCAGCGCCAGCACAUCCUUGAUCAUGCAGCUGCUAAAGCACCCGGCUGUGUUGGAGAAACUGCGGGAGGAGCUGCGGGUCCAGGGCCUGCUGCACGGUGGUGGCUGCCCCUGUGAGGGCACCCUGCGCCUGGACACACUCAGUGGCCUGCGCUACCUGGACUGCGUCAUCAAGGAGGUCAUGAGGCUCUUCACGCCCAUCUCGGGUGGCUACCGCACUGUGCUGCAGACCUUCGAACUGGAUGGUUUUCAGAUCCCCAAGGGCUGGAGUGUCAUGUAUAGCAUCCGGGACACUCACGACACAGCGCCCGUGUUCAAGGAUGUGAACGUGUUUGACCCUGACCGCUUCAGCCAGGCACGCAGUGAGGACAAGGAUGGCCGCUUCCAUUACCUCCCGUUUGGCGGUGGCGUGCGGACCUGCCUGGGCAAGCACUUGGCUAAACUGUUCCUGAAGGUGCUGGCUGUGGAGCUGGCCAGUACCAGCCGCUUCGAGCUGGCCACCCGGACCUUCCCUCGAAUCACUCUGGUCCCUGUCCUACACCCCGUGGAUGGCCUCAGUGUCAAGUUCUUUGGUCUGGACUCCAAUCAGAAUGAGAUUCUGCCUGAGACAGAGGCCAUGCUGAGUGCUACGGUGUAGGUGUAGCCUCACUCUGGUCUCAGCCCAGCCCUGCAGAGGGAUGGGGAACAGAUAGAAACCUGUGGGGUG